ACUAUCUUCCCCUCGCCUUUCCCGCCGGAAACCCUCGCCGUCGUCCCUUACCCUCUCCCGGUUCGCCUCAAUCCAUCGCCUUCAUGACCAAAAGCUCGCGGUACAGGCGCGGUUAGCUAGCUGGGAAGGCAACGACGGGAUCGCGGCGACAAAGCUCCCAAACUUCCUUCUUUCUCCUCCUCGCUCUCCUACCAUAAACCAUUGAGGAAGAAAACCCUCGUCUUUCUCCACGCCUUAGCGCGCUUCAGCUUCUUUAAAUCCGUAAAUUUAAGGCCAAACGGAGGAAAAGAUGGCUUUUUUGCUGUUGGACGUGAUUUUUAGGUUAAAUCCUGCUCAAAUCCUGGCACCAAACGGCCCAUUACUCUUUGGCGGAAUUUAGUUUGCAUAUGGUCACCGAGCAGCCCCUAAAUCCUCUUGUCUCGCUCCCUCAUGCUUAUUGGGACGUCAAGUUGCUCUGUAAUGGCGUGCUCCAAUUCUACUGUCCCCGCAAAAUCCCGUAUCAAGCGGAGAAAACUCCCACCAGUGUUUUCUGAAGAGCAGCCGCAACCGCAAGAAGAAGAUCGAGAUGAGGGUAGAGACCUGAAGAAGAUCAAGCUUUGCAACACCUGGGAGAACCUUGAUCUCAUUCUUACUUUACAAAGCAGAGAAAUUAAUCUGCAAAGGAAGAUCGAGGCUUCUUUUGAUUUUGCAAAUUCGGAAGCCAGCAACGGUGAUGGGAAGAUGCAGCCCGUUUCUUUUACACGGGCACUGCACUAUGUUUUCGAUUGGAUGCAGUCGCUUUUGAUGUCUACAGACCGAAACAGGAAAAACGGCGAGCCUUUGGAUCCUUGCCUGGACUACAGAUGCUGGGCCGUAAUCAGAUCCUGCUCAGAGAAGUUUUCAGCGGGACCCUCCCCCAAUUUAUUAAGAGCUGUAGCGCCUGUUUUGAAGCAAGCAUUGUUCUUAUUGGACUCUAACUUUUUAUUAGGAGUAGAAUCCAACCAACUAUUUGAGAAUGCUUUGCAGUGCCUCUCCUCAUUGCUUGCUUCAAAAUCAAGAGCUUUUUACAAUGUGGGCAUGGAUUUAUGGAUUUCAUGUGUUGUUGAUGUUCUUAAUAUUAUCGGUAAAGUUUCGAGCAGAGAAAAACAGGCAUCUUUGGUGGCUAAAGUCCUUUUGGAUCUGUCAGCACUUUUGCUUGAUCACUUUUCUAGUUUUCUGAGAUUCCAUCCAAACCCAAAGAACAUAUUCUGUGUUUUUGUAGAGAGGCUACUCGAACAGUUGUUCGAGGUGUUUGUUCUAUUGCGGCUGAGAACCAAAGAUAGUUGUUUUGAACAAUUUGCAAGCAUGCUGAAGAUUGUUGAAGAUGUUAUGUUGAACGGCUUGUUUCAUCCUUCUCAUAUUAGUGGUUUUUUAAGCUCAAGGAGUUCAACUGUGGGGCAGGAGGUGAAAUCUAGAGGUGCUAACGAGAGUUAUCAUAGGCACUUAUUCAACAAACUGGAGAAAUUUAUACAAGAGAAAAAGAUAACGGCAUUGGGUGGAUUUGCAUGCUUGCUCCGUUUGUUUGCUGGCAAAGCCAAGGGUAAGCAAGAUGGUUCUUUGUCAUUUAGAGGACAUCAAGUAUUGAAAAAAGGUAAUGCGGUCUCUGGAGAUGCUCAGGAAGCAGUUUUACCUCUUUUUGAAGUAUUUAUGCAAUUUAUGAAACCUCUGUUGCGAGAGUGUAAAAAUUGUGCAGAGGAGUUAUCCAUAGUGUCAGGGGUCUCAGAACACAGGUUGAUAGAAUUGCAUUGCUUGCUCAGAUCUGUGAAUGAGAUUCUUGAAAGUUUCAUACAGGAGAAAAUAUAUGUCCGCACAGAAGACACGCCUGAAGGAAAGCAUUAUUAUUUUCUGAAAGAAAUUUAUGAUGCGUUUUAUUCUAUUUCAAUAAAGUUGCACUUUUUUUGGAUGUCUGAAUUGGAAAUGUGUGAUGAAGUAAAAAAGAUGCUUCCUUUGAUUCGAAGGGAGGUUGUUGUAGGUGUUGGUUGCUUUUUGGAAAUUGAAUACCGGGUUUUUGGGGAUGAUCUUGUAAUUAUAUGGCUUUUGUUAGUGUCAUACUUGGCUGCUAAUAUAUCUAUUUCUGAUGCUAAGCCUUGUUCGUUGCUGAUGAAUGAGAUUUUAAACCUCGGGUGCAAACUUAUCAAUGUCUACAGUGAACUUCGCCAGGUUAUUACUCCUCUAUUUGCAUUGUGUAAAGCUGUAAAAAUACUCAUAAAGACCAAUGAUAGUGUAACAGAUGAGUAUAAGGUAUUUUCCUCUUCUUUUUUUUCUUCUCCGUUGUGCUUGAAAGCAGCAAAAGCUUUGCUUGGCUCACAAGACUUCAGGACGACCAUCUCCAAUGCUGUAAAAUCAGUGCCAGAAGGGCAGGCUGGUAAUUUUAUUCAACAGCUGAAUUUAGAUAUAGCUGAUGCAUUGGAAUGGAUCAGACAGAAUUCAGUUUCUGUGGAUAGAAAAUCCUUUAUUGAACAUAUUGAUAUUCAAGCUGAACUACUGGGAAGGAUUCUCUCUGAAAUAUAUUCUAUUGUGCUGGAGUCCUUGAGGAUUACUGCAACAAACAGCGUAUCGAUUGGGACCUCUUUAAAGAACUUGAUUAAAACAUUAAGGCCCAGCUUGAGUAGUUUUUUGCAGACUCAAACAGAUAAUGUUAAUGAUUUUAUUUCCUUUAUCACUGGCAUAAAAUUCUCAAAUCCUGAAUUUAUUGAAUGUGGAAACAGCUCACAGGUAAAAUUGCAGAGUAUAUGCUGGCUCUUUCUAUUUUUCUUCAGAUUAUAUGCUUCAUCUAGAAGUUUGUACAAGCAAUCAAUUAGUCUUAUGCCUCCAGAUUUAUCACAUAAGGCAUCAGAAUCGUUGGGAGACCUGUUUACAACAUCUUGUUCUAUGGAUUGGGUGGAAAAACCAGAGAAAAUGGAUGGAGGGUAUUUUUCCUGGAUAGCUACAUCCUCAGUUUCGCUUAUGGAGGCCAUCCAAAUCCUUUCAAAAAAUUUUCUUUCAAGCAAUUUUGCAGCUUGUGAUCCACUGGUUUAUAUAUUACAAAUCUGUACCUUACAAAGGUUGAAUGAUUUGAGCAGGCUGAUCAAGGCUUUUGAUUUUUUUCACCAAAAAGCCCAAAUGAAAUUGCAAGAUGAGAAUACUCCUUCACAAAAAUCAAUGAAGGUGUGGAAAAAACUUAUUGCAGGUUCAACAAGGGAGGCAAUGGAGCUAACAAAUUUUUUAAUGGGUCAUCUAUCUAUUUUGGAUUCAAAGAGACCAUUUGACGAGUUUUGUGGCCGUGGUAAGACUAGCCUUGUCUAUGAAGGUGAAUGGGAUCGGGGGAUUUGCUCUCUGGAUAAGAAGUCGUUACAUGUUGCAGUUUGGUUGCUUUUAUGCCAAAACGUUGAUGUGUGGUUCGUUUAUGCCACCAGAAAGCAUCUAAAGAAGUUUGUCUCAUAUUUGUUUCUUUUUUCGUUGCCAUGUUUGAGUAAUUAUGUCGAUGAUAUGGAUGGGAGUAUGAGAAGAUCUUUAUGUAACACUGUUACUCUGCAACGUAUUUCGCUCGAGUUACUCCAAGAUUCUUUUUCAUAUGAACAAAUGAUGACAUACACAAAUGUUUCAUCUAUAUUUUGCCAUAUUUUGAAGAAACUGCUGAAUCCUGCUUUGCUAUGCAUACAAACAAAUAGUCUUGACUUGGGUUGCUCGCCAAACUGUGAGAUUUUGAAUAUUUUGGAGAAAAAACCGGUAUUGAUUAACGCAAAUGAUGGGCUUGAUAAUUCUUCAUUGUCAGGUUCAGUUUCAGUUCUGCCAAGUAUGAUUUGCUUGGAAAAAAGCCGAGGGGAGCCAUCAUCUUCCUUCAGCUUGGAGCUAAAAGCUUGUGGAAACUUAUUUAAUCUUUUUUGCAAAAUGCCCAAAUUUUAUGGCAAUGCAAAAUCCUUCUCACGUUAUGCAACUUAUAUGCUCAACAUUGAAAGGUUUUUAAUCUCCAACUUACUAAAUCAUCAUGAGAAAUCUUUUACAUAUGACCCAUUUGAGUUGUUGACUUUGUUCGUAUCUUGCCGGAGGGCUAUGAAAUGCCUUGUGAUGGGAUCUUCCAAGAACUUAGAUGCCAUAGAGUUAAGGGCUAUCAAUGUUGUAUUUAAUUCCUCCUCUUCUAUUUUGUGGCUUUUUAAGUCGGUAUAUAAAGUAGCUGGACUUCCGAAUGCUUUUUUUGGGGAGAGAUAUUCUAGUCUGGUGCAAGACAAGAUUUAUUCCUUGAUAGAUCAGACAUCUUAUAUAUUCAUGAAAAUAAGUGAAGCAAAAGUUAAGGAUACUUUGCUUUUCCUAUUGAAGGAGAUGUUUAACCAAAAUCAAAUAUUGCAAGAUUCACCCUUUUUAAAUGAUAAUGACUGUGAUGCUUGGGAGCAUGUGGAACUGGUGGCUGAUGCUUUAAAGGAACAUGCAGAAAAGUUUCUUAUUACAUUUAAAAGUUGUGUUCAUUCUGUAAAUCUGGAUGCUUGUAGCAACAGUUCAGAGUGGAAUAAAUUUUCAUCCAUCAUUUCUUGUUUUCAAGCUCUCCUGUCGGGCCUAACAUCAGCUUCUGAUAGUAUUUUCAAGGAAAUGAGCUUAGAGAUAUCACAAAUUUCAAACUUUAUGUUGUUUUAUGUCUCCAAACUCAACAGUCAUGUUGUUGUUUUCGAAGAGCUUGUAAAUGUAUGUUUGAAGAUUAUAGUUUUCGAUGACAACCAAAUGCUCGAAGAUUUCCUUAGUGCCAUAGUGGGAGUGGAACUUAAAUCCUUCGAUUUUGUGUCUUUUUCUAGAAGUGGAAAUAAAAGAUCAGGAGCUUCUUCCAUCAGGAAACAUAAGUCACCAGCUUCCCAUAUAAAAUUGACCAUUGAUUUCUUCCAUAUAGUAAAUAAAAUUAAUUUACAAAAAUUUAAGAUAUCUUGUGGAGCAUUGUUACAGUAUUUAUUUAAAGAUUUAUGUUCCCAGGCGGCUUUUAUAAUCAGACAGCUUUUUACUACAUCUGCAACAAUUUUGAGAGUAAAGUGCAUGCCAUCAUGUGAUGGGCAUUUGAAAAACCAGCCUUGUAAUUAUCAGUUUGCAUUGAGGUCUACAGUUAUUCUUUUUGCAACUUCUUAUAUUCUCUUGCAAGAGUUUUCUGAAACGAGUGACCAAUCAUGCUGGUUUUCUUUUGCUUGGUUGGAUGGAGUUCUAACAUUUUUUGAUGUUGUUGGGAGUCUAUUUAGCUUCGGUGAUCCUGAUAUUUCAAAAGAUGUUUAUGCCGAUUUCAUUGUCUUGCAUUUGAAGGCUAUGGGGAAAUGUAUUAGUGUACAGGGAAAAACUGCCAUUUCAUCUUUGGAUAUGGGGUCAGAUACAAAGAUGCUUGAAGCACAAAAUGAAACAGACUGGAAUUCCUUGAGAUCUUUUGAACAUGGAAAAUAUAGAUUCAACGCAUUUAAAAUUAAGUUGAGAAUGUCAAUUAAAAAGUGUUUGAUGAUACCUUCAGAGGUGUAUCUGAAGAUAGCCAUUGAAGUAAUUGAAAAGAAGUUAAUCGGCGUGCAGCAAAACCACACAGCAAUUUAUCACUUAAGCACUGGAAAUGUGGAUGGGGGAAUGGUCUCCUCAGAUUUGGCUGCUAGCAUUGAAUGCUUUGAGUUGAUUCUUGAAUGCUUUUCAGGGCAUAACCAAUUUCUUAAGAAUAGCUUGCCAAACCUAGUUGGUGCCAUAAUCAACAUAUUUUUGCACCUUCGAAAGCCAUCAAUCUUUUAUACAGUGGAAUUUUUCCCAAAUAAAAGUAAUACGGAUGCAGGUACACUUAUUCUUAUGUGUGUUGAGGCUCUUACAAAAGUUGUUGGAAGGCGUUCGUUUCGCAUGGAUUCAUGCUAUGUUAGCCAGUAUUUUCACAUACCAAUGGCGCUCUUCGCGGGAUUCCGUAAGCUUAGGGAUUCUUGUGUUAACUGGAAUUUUUCUAUGUUCUCUUGUAACAAGGAAAAGGUUCCUUUCACUGGUAGGAAACUAUAUUUUGUAGACCGUCAGAUCUCUAUUGAGCUGUAUACUUCAUGCUGCAGAUUGAUGUGCUCCACUAUUAAACACCAAAAAAAUGAAGCCGAGAGAUGCAUUCAUUUGCUCGAGGAAUCACUAAGCACGUUGCUAAGCUGUUUGGAGAUUGUGGAUUCUGAAACUGGUAAAAAAGAGGGCUACUUUUCUUGGGAAUUAGGGGAGGCAAUAAAAUGUGCUAGCUUUCUCAGGAGGAUUUAUGAAGAGAUAAGACAUCAGAAGGACGCUCUUGGGAAGUAUGCUUAUCUCCUACUUUCGAACUAUAUAUCAACUUUUUCAGGUUGUGGUCCCUCUAAAGCUGGUAUUAAAAGAGAGAUAGAUGAAGCGUUAAGGCCAGGUAUAUAUUCAUUGAUAGAUAUAUGCACACGCGACGAUCUUCAAAAGCUUCACAGUUUACUUAGUGAAGGCCCAUGCAGGAGUACUCUUGCAACUUUGUUACAAGAUUACAAACAGAAUUUUCAGUAUGAAGGCAAAAUAUAAUGCAUGGCCUCAAGAAGUUCUAUUGAAAUGUAGCUCAUCAGAAGACAAAAUAUUAAAGGCGAGUCUCUGUCAACUGGACUAAGUUGAAUGAAUUCAGGUUUAGAUUAAUUGCCUUUAGAAGAUUGGUGCAAUGGGAAGACUCCUUGAGAGAUUGCAAGGGGUUGAGCAGAAUCAACUGUGCAGUAAUUAGUGAAGGGAACUGUGCAGUAAUUCAAGGAGAUCAUUAAUUCCUUCUAUGCCAAGUAGUUGAAGGCUUUAUACUAAUUCACUUGUUUACUUUAGCACCCCUAUUAUUAUGUUAGGGCAAUAACUCUAAGGGGUGGAGUGUGUCACUGCUGGUCUUAGCAGUCCAUAGGUAGUAUUUAAUAUUGCUUGUUUGGUAUUUAAUGAGGUUGUAAGAGUUGUAGUUCUAAAAAUAUUUUCUUAGUGAGUUUUAUGCUUUGUUUGGCAGAGCUUUUAUUUUUAUAAAAUUUUGUUCAUUAUGAAAAGUUGUAUUUUAAAGCUUUUCGGAAUAGCA